AGCGCUCUCCGUGUAGGUCCGGGCGCCUCACCGAGCGCGGUCACGCGGAGGCACGCUCCGACCGGGCGGGCGCGCGCGCGCGCUCCCGCCGCCCUCUCCGGUGACGUGCCUGGCCGAGGCCGCGCUAGGGCGCUGGAGCUGCCACUGAGCGGCUGUCAUGGCGUCGGAGGCGCUGGCUGAGGACAGCCGGCCGCGGUGUCUAUAGGACCAGGGGCGGGCGGCCGGGGAUGGAGAGCGGCCCUGACAGCCCGCAGCCUCUGGAACUUGGGGUGGCGGCGGGCGGAGAGUCGCCGCCGGAAGGGCGACUGCACGGCGGGCGCGAGGCUGAGGAUGGUCUCGCAGGACGCGCGGAGGAGAGCGGCGGGCAGGGGGCGGCGGCCGCGCGGAGCAGCCCCGGGGACCCGACGUCCCCCUCCCAGCUCGGCUGCGGCGCGGGCUCCGACUUGAAGGACAGCGCGUCGCCGAGCCCCGCCGCCUCGGAGGCGCCCCCGAGAGGGCAGCACAAGGUGACCGCCUCCCCGGAGCUGGCCGAGGCCGCGGCUAGCCGGGGGUCGGGGCCGGUGGCAGACGCGGGCACCUGCAGGGUGGAGCAGGCGGCCGAGGAGCCCAGCAGCGCCGGCGCCCUGAGCAGCAGCUGCAGCGAGCCGAGCCCCCCCGGGGACUCGCCCAGCCUCGACUCCCUGGAGUCUUUCUCCAACCUGCAUUCUUUCCCCAGUAGCUCUGAGUUCAAUAGUGAGGAGGGAGCGGAGACCAGGGUCCCCGAAGACGUGGAGGAGGGCGCGGCGGGGCCGCCCAGGGCUGCACCUCUGUGCAAAGAAGAGGAGGAGGAGGAGGAGGAGGACCCGGCUCAGGUGCUAGCGGCCUCCAAAGAACGCUUUCCCGGGCAGUCGGUGUAUCACAUCAAAUGGAUCCAGUGGAAAGAGGAGAACACGCCCAUCAUCACGCAGAACGAGAAUGGGCCCUGCCCUUUGCUGGCCAUCCUCAAUGUUUUGCUUCUGGCCUGGAAGGUGAAACUUCCACCAAUGAUGGAAAUCAUAACUGCGGAGCAGCUGAUGGAAUAUUUAGGGGAUUACAUGCUUGAGGCAAAGCCAAAAGAAAUUUCAGAAAUUCAACGUGUAAAUUAUGAACAGAAUAUGAGUGAUGCGAUGGCGAUCUUGCACAAACUACAGACAGGCCUGGAUGUGAAUGUCAAGUUCACUGGGGUGCGAGUGUUCGAGUACACACCAGAGUGCAUAGUCUUCGACCUUCUAGAUAUUCCUUUGUAUCACGGGUGGUUAGUAGACCCUCAGAUUGAUGACAUUGUAAAAGCUGUUGGCAACUGCAGUUACAACCAACUGGUGGAGAAAAUCAUCUCCUGUAAGCAGUCAGACAACAGCCAGUUGGUUAGCGAAGGCUUUGUAGCUGAGCAGUUUCUAAACAAUACAGCCACUCAACUGACGUACCAUGGAUUAUGUGAACUGACUUCAACGGUUCAGGAAGGAGAACUCUGUGUGUUCUUUCGGAAUAAUCAUUUUAGCACCAUGACAAAACACAAGGGUCAACUGUAUUUGUUGGUAACAGACCAGGGAUUUCUUACCGAAGAAAAAGUUGUCUGGGAAAGCCUACACAAUGUAGAUGGUGAUGGAAAUUUCUGUGACUCAGAAUUCCAUCUUCGACCUCCUUCAGAUCCUGAGACUGUGUACAAAGGUCAACAAGACCAAAUAGAUCAGGACUACCUUAUGGCACUGUCACUGCAACAAGAACAGCAGAGCCAAGAUAUCAACUGGGAGCAAAUUCCAGAAGGAAUCAGUGACCUGGAGUUGGCGAAGAAACUCCAGGAGGAGGAGGACAGACGGGCCUCUCAGUACUACCAGGAGCAGGAGCAGGCGCAGGUGGCCGUGGCUGCUGCCACCACCUCCACACAGGUCCAGCAGGGCCAGCCGGCACAAGCCUCUCCAUCAAGUAUAAAACAGCCUGGAAAUAGUGAACGGAAACGCAAGGAACCCCGGGAAAAAGACAAAGAGAAAGAAAAGGAAAAAAACAGCUGUGUGAUUUUGUAGGAAGUGUUGGCAUCUGGAAACCACCUAUGCAGAUGACGGAAAGGAAGACCCAGUACCUACCGUCUGUGCCUGAUCUCCCAAGGGAUUUUGCUCUUGUUUUCCAGGGGAAGGUUGUUCCUUUGUUACAAUCAACUUUUUAAGUUACACAAUACCCUCUUUAUGAGCUGGAGUUUCAUGUUACAAGUUGGAACUGUUGUGUGUUGUCACUUGUAGCCAAAUAAGUAUAUUCACUCCUACUUCGUGUUUAGUGACAUGUUAGCAACUCUAAUCAGUUAGUAAGCUACUGUGUUCUGUCUGACAAUGGAUGGAGGUCACCUGAGUGAGUCCAGUCCUUCUAAAGAUGUAAUUAUUAGCACAACUAUUUCUGAAACAUUUAUGUUAAAUUAUGUUCUAAUCCAUAAAAAGUGAGGAGUUUAAUAUAUGGAGAGAAAAAAAGCAGGAAUAAAUGACCCUUCAUUGUACAUUGAACUGGUUCAGCCCUUGAUCAGCUUUACCUUUCUUUAGUAAUGUACAUUUGAGCUAUUAUCUUGAGAACUGAUAAUGGAGCUUGGAUCCAAUUUAGAUAGAAAAAAUAUUUUUUAUUUUCCAAUAGCAAAAAAAAAAAAAAAA